AUGGAUGUUGAAAAAGAUCUUACUAGUAAGUUUUUGAGCGGUGAAAUGUCGUUUGCGGAAUAUUCUAGUGAAUGGUAUAACUUCGAAGAUGAAGAGGAUAUAGAGGAAAUAAGCAAAAAAAGUGAAGAUGAUUCAUUGCAGAUGAAGCUAGAAAAGGGGACUCAUAGACGUCGUAAGUUUGCUCGAAUGCCCUUAGGACUGACUGGCUUAAUGGGGGAAGCAAACUUACGCUUUGUGAGAGGAGACAAAGAUACUGCAGAAAAGAUGUGUCAUGAGAUAAUAAAGCAAGUUCCUACUGCACCAGAACCUUAUCAGACCCUGGCACAAAUAUAUGAGCAUGAUGCUGAGAAAUCUUUACAGUUUUCAUUACUGGCUGCUCAUCUUAGUCCACCUGAUGCAGAAGAGUGGCUCAGACUUGCAGCAUUAUCCAAACAAAAAAAUGAUGUAAGACAAGAAAUGAUAUGCUAUACACAGGCAAUUGUGGAUGAUCCUUAUAAUAUAGAUAGUCAUAUGAAACGACUUAACCUUCUUAUUGAACUAGAAGAACAGAAAUACCCUAUCCAAACUUUAAAAAUCACUAGACUUAAGUGUUAUCAUAAAAUUGUAACAUCCUUGCGCCCAAAUGAAGGAGAAACUAUUAUGAAAUAUGCAAAACUAGCUGCAACUCAGUAUCACAAUAACAAUGAAUUGGAGCGUGCUCUUGCUGUAAUGACUUCUGCUUACAAAAAGUGUCCUACACUUUUUAGUUUGCAGGACAUAAAUAUGUUGUUAGAACUGCUAAUUGGUCAAAGACAGUUUCAGACAUGUAUAGAAGUAUUUGUUGCCAGUGCAGGGGUCGAAAUUGAAGCAGAAAUACAAACUGUAAAGAAUGCAGAGGGUGAGAUUGAAGAACAGACUAAUUAUUUAAAUUGCACCAUUCCUGAUUCCCUGCCAAUUGAUUUGAAAAGCAAAUUGUUGGUAUGCUUUAUUCAUUUAGGAGCUAAUAACUUGGUGCAAACAUUACUUGAAGAUUUUCUAUCCAAUGAUGUUGAAAAGGCUGGAGAUCUAUACAUGGAUAUUGAGGAAGCUCUUUCUUCAAUGGGGCAUCAUUCUUUAGCAAUACAACUGUUAGAACCUUUGGUCAAAACAAAUAGUUUUGAUCUUGGAGCAGUGUGGCUGAAGCAUGCUGAAUGUUUACAAAAGUUAGGACGUGAAAGUGAUGCCAUUGACUCGUAUUUUAAGGUAUUGAAACAUGCACCACAGCAUCCUGAUGCCAGAAGAAAACUUUUCGUUAUACUUGAACGGCAAGGCCGCAUUGAGGAAGCUUUACAAAUGUUAGAACAAGAUUUCAAAUAUGUAGUGAGUGCAACUCUGCUACAAGAGCAGUGUUUGGCUUUAAAAAAGUAUAAUAAAUGGUUAAAAUACCUUGAAGUUGGUGAAGCUCUGUUGUCCAAAACAUUUGUUCGCUUUAGACAUGAAGAAGAGUUAAACAUGGCAUGUAGAAACAGAUGUGGCAUAGAUCUCAUACAAAAUUUUAGGACGAUGAGAGGUGAAAAUCCAUACCAUGAGAAGGAUAUUCACUUUGAUGAUGAUGAAACUUUUAAAUUAACUCCACAGCAAGAAUGGGACUUUUUCCUUGAACUUUUAAAAAUUGCUUGUGAACAUAAGCAAUAUUUCACUAUGCAGAGAUUAACAUUUGGUGCAAUGAUGUCUAAAGGGUUAUCUUCUCACCGCUCUGAAAUUGACUUUUAUUGCAUGCAAGCUUGUCUUCUUAGUAAUGAUCACCAAAAUGCUUUUCGUUUCCUACGAGAUUUUGCCCAAAAAGUUCCUAGGCCUCGAUCAUGGAAUUUAUUAAACCUCGUAAUUAAUUAUGUUGAACGUAACACACAUUCCAAAUUUUUAUUAAGAUUAUUUCAAAAAGAUGGUGGUAAUGUGGUGAAAAAUAUAUUUUUGGGUAACAACUUCUUAGUAUCGGGAAGAUAUUUAGUAGCCUUAAAAUAUUAUUUAGAAUAUCACGAAAAGUGCAGAGAUUCUUUAUCUGCUUUUUUAAUUGCUGUAACUAAUUUGGUAAUGGCAGCUCAAAGAACUGUUGAUAAACAUCAUAAUCUAAUACUACAAGGAUUGGCUUAUAUGCAAAUUUACCGUAAUUUAAGAAAAUGUGAUCAAGAAGCUAACUACAAUAUGGGACGUGUAUAUCAAAUGUUGAAUAUUAACAACUUAGCUAUUGAAUACUAUGAAAGAGCUCUGGCAAGUGAGAGCAUAGCAAAAUGCUCGAAACAUGGUGUAAUUGACUUAAAGAAAGAGACUGCUUACAAUUUAUAUCUUUUAUAUAAAGAACAUUCGCCAGUAAUGGCUAGAAAAUAUAUGUUAAAAUAUCUUGUAAUUGAAUAA